UGCAGGAACGUGUGCCUGUAAACUGCGCCUCCGUUAAUAAUUCGUUAUAAUUUCAAGGCAGAUUAGUGGCGUAACUUCCCGGCGCGACAAAAGCAAUGUCUUCCUCGCUUUCCGCAUUUAGCGACACCCCCAUGGCCACAAUAAACACGGAGGUGAAGCUUUUGGCAGCGUUCAGGCGAGACUCCCACCACGACAAGGUUUACCUCGCCGGGAGGGAGUACGUGGGCGAAGGUGGUCAGGCCUCAGUGCUUCCUCUUAUCUGGAAAAUCAAGCAGCAGAUUGGUGCAGACCCAACUCUUCAUCCAGAAUAUCCAUCUCCGUUGGGCCUUCAAGAAUUCUCCAGGAGAGCUACGGAGCUGGCCUUAGGCAGGGACAGCAGUGCCCUUGUGGAAAACAGGGUUGUCGGAGUGCAGACGGUGGGCACCGCUGGAGCAGUGCGUCUGGGAGCCGAGUUACUGAAGCACUGCUCAUCCUGGAAUGGUCCUGUUCUUCUCUCCUCUCCAUGUGAUGAGUCACUACCACACAUCUUUGAGGCAGCAGGAGUCAGAGACGUCCAGCACUACCGAUACUGGGAUGGUGAGCAUCGUGGGGUGUCCAUGGAGAAGAUGCUAGAGGACUUGGAGAAGGCCCCAGAACAAAGUGUGGUGGUCCUGUAUGCAGCGGGACACUAUCCUACUGGAGCUGAUCUUUCCCAGGAGGAAUGGAAAGGAGUGAUUGACGUCCUUGUGAGGCGUCGGCUCCUGCCAUUCCUCCUGCUGCCUGCUCAGGGCUUGUGCAGUGGGGAUGUGGAGCUUGAUUCAUGGGCUUUGAGAUAUUGUGUGUCUCUGGGGCUGGAGCUGCUGUGUGCACAGUCUUUCUCUCACAGUUUCGGCCUCUACGGAGAAAGAGUGGGCCACCUGCUCUGUGUUCUAAAGGAGAACUCCAAUCAGCUGGCUGUCCAGUCGCAGGCAGAGAAGAUCAUUCAAACGCUCUGGUCCCGACCACCAGUAGAAAGCGCCAGAGUGGUGACCACAGUGCUUAGCAAUCCUGCUCACCUAGUUGAAUGGCAGGAGGGGUUGAAGGGCACAGUGGAGAGAUGCAUGCUGAUGCGCGAACGUCUCAGAGAAAAGCUGCGCCUGAUUGGAAGCCCAGGCAGCUGGGAACACUUGAUAAAGCUGGGAGGCCUCUUCUGCUGCAUUGGACUUACUGUUCAACAGGUUGAGUUCCUGCUGAAGCGGAAACACAUUUACGUGCUACCGGGUGGCUGUUUGAAUGUGAGUGCCAUCAACAGCCGCAAUCUCGACUACGUGAGCGAAUCCAUUCAUCAGGCACUGACCUCACAACCCUGAACUUGGAUGGCGUCAUGCAGCGCAGAUGGAUCUUUCUGCUCAAUUUCUGCUGUGCUGCUUAAUUAGAGUUACAUAGAUAGACGUCAGCAGAUAAGACAGGGCAUCUAUAUGAAGUAUACACUCACUGACCACUUUAUUAGAUCUGAAAACUUUAUAUUUGGCUUCAUUUGUAAAUGAUGAGGUCCUGGGACACUACAGUGAUGGAUCUGGCAGGUCGAUGGGCCAGGAAGGGGUCCCAGUAACAGUAACAGUAUCUCUUUUCAUAAAAAUCAGUUCAUAGUACGUCAACCCAGGUCAGGUACUCCAGGAGGCAUCCACUGCUUGAAACAGGGUGUUUAUGCAUAUGAACAACACUGUCAGUAUGUUAAUGAUCUGUAUAAACUUUGGUUUUUCACUUUGAGACAUUUUCUGCUUAAAGUUCUACGGAGUUGCUCUCCACUCCCUUGAGUUUUUAGAAAGCAAGUUAAAAUGUGAAAUAUAUACAUGCAAGUUGUGUAGAAGUUAUGAUUGAUGUUUUGUAUAUUCACCAUUUUUCACCAUAAUUCAGCUGUUGAGAUGUAAAUUCAUGUCAUGGCACAAGAUGAUACAGCAAGCUAUUUUUAGUUAACCUUUCCUCAUCUUGCCAUGUUAUAUACACUGAUCAGACAUAACAUUAUGACCACGUCCUUGUUUCUACGCUCUUUGUCCAUUUUAUCAGCUCCACUUACUGUAUAGCUGCACUUUGUAGUUCUACAGUUACAGACUGUAGUCCA